AUGAUCGAUGGAAACGUUAUAGCUUAUGAAGUACCACUAUCGGAUCAUGGUGCGGUAGUAAUCAAGUUUGCAUUCUUGAUACAUGAAUGGGAUGAUCAAUUGAAUCAAAUAGUUGAAGAAGAUCUUGUCUUGGAGGAUACAAGUCACUGUACAGCUGAUCUUACUAUUAAGCCAAGGGAUCUUCCUCGACCUCGUCCUGGUCACGAAUCUAACUCGAACGGGGGACCAUAUCAAACAUUGGUUUUUGAAGUUGGUACUACCGAAGCUGUCUCCAGCUUACAUGAUCUUUCAGCAAGGUAUUUUUCACCACAAACAACUAUUCAAAUUUACAUUGCUAUCAAGCUAUAUCCUAUUCGCCAGGAUAAUACAAGAGCAAUGUUUGCAAUGCGUUAUCUACGUACAAAUCAACAUCCGACAGUACUAGAUGUUGUAAUUUCUUUUGGCACUGCACCUCUCCACCAAAGUGUAAUAGGUUAUCUUUUGAAUGAUAUGAGUGUUCCAGAUGCUAAUAUUACUGGCGUAGGAAGGUCUGAUGAUGCAAUUGCUUGCAAUGGCCCUAGCAUUCCAGAUUAUCAAUUGAAUAUUCCUGCUGCUGAACUUUACAAUGGUUCUCUUAAUGGCAUUCCUCCCAAUGCAGUUGAUGGAUUCGAUUUGGAUUUAUGGGAAAUACAAAGGAAAGCAUUGAAUCCUCAUUAUUAUUAG